AAGACAAGAAGAUCCCAUUUCCAGCUCCCUCCGAACUUUUCACAGUAAAAAAGAUCCACUCUUGUCUUCACUCUCUCCAUCAGCAUUAAAUUAUUCGCCUCACUCCUCACAAAAAUCAAUCCCAUGCUGAAUUCAACAUCUCAUUAUCCCACAACGCCAUGGCCCUCGUCUUAACUCUCCUUCAAUCUCUUCCUUCUGAUAACAUUCCACUCAUCAUACUUUUCACUUUCUCUUCUCUUUUCGCCGUUUUCUUCCUCAAAUGGUGGUUAGCAAAAUGCAAGAACCCAAUCCCUCCAUACCCACCUGGCCCACGUGGCGUUCCCUUACUGGGUAACCUCCCCUCUCUCGACCCGGAGCUCCACACUUACUUCAUGCGCCUUUCACGCGCCUACGGCCCCGUUUACCAGCUCCGUCUCGGGAACAAAAUCGGCAUCGUAUUGACUUCUCCUUCUUCAGCUCGCCAAGUCCUCAAAGACCACGACACCAUUUUCGCCAACCGGGACGUGCCCAUUACAGGUCUGGUCGCAACUCAAGGCGGGCAUGACAUUGUUUGGAACCCGUAUGGACCAGAGUGGAGGAUGUUGAGGAAGAUUUGUGUUCUCAAGAUGCUUAGCAACAAAACCCUGGACUCCGUUUACGCGCUUCGGCGGCGUGAGGUCCGACAGACUGUUGGGUACAUAUACAGUCGGGUCGGGUCACCCGUUAACGUUGGUGAACAAAUGUUUUUGACGAUACUGAACGUGAUUACGAACAUGUUAUGGGGCGGGUCCGUUCAGGGUACGGAGAGGGCUAGUUUGGGCGCGGAAUUUCGGGAUUUGGUAUCUGAGCUGACGGAGUUAUUGGGUCAGCCGAAUAUAUCGGACUUUUUUCCGGGUUUGGCACGGUUUGAUUUUCAAGGACUGGAGAAGAAGAUGCAUAGGUUAGCUGGGAAAUUGGAUAGGAUGUUUGAUGGGAUGAUUGAACAACGGCUGAGGAUUAAUGGAGAGAGUGGGAAGCAAGAGAGUGAGGAUUUUUUACAGUUUUUACUUGAGCAGAGGGAUGGAGGUGAUUCCAAGACACCUUUUACCAUGACCCAUGUCAAAACCUUGCUUAUGGAUAUGGUGGUGGGUGGGAGCGAUACAUCCUCCAAUGCAACCGAGUUCGCCAUGGCUGAACUAAUCAACAAACAAGAGGUAAUGAAGAAAGCCCAACAAGAGUUAGACCAAGUAGUUGGAAAAAACAACAUAGUAGAAGAAUCCCACAUCCAAAAAUUGCCAUAUUUAUAUGCUAUAAUGAAAGAGACCUUGCGUUUGCACCCCGUCCUCCCACUAUUGGUUCCCCAUUGCCCCUCUGAAACUUGCACCAUUGACGGUUACACAAUUCCGAAGGGUUCACGAGUCUUCAUCAACGUGUGGGCGAUUCAUAGGGACCCUUCGAUUUGGGAGAAUCCAUUGGAGUUUUAUCCGGAGAGGUUCUUGAAUGGGAAAUGGGAUUACAGUGGAAGUGACUUCAGUUAUUUCCCAUUUGGGUCUGGGCGAAGAAUUUGUGCUGGCAUAGCUAUGGCGGAGAGAAUGUUCAUGUAUUCACUGGCCACACUUUCGCAUUCUUUUGAUUGGAAAAUGCGGGACGGAGAGAAAGUGGAUCUCACUGAGAAGUUUGGGAUUGUUUUGAAGUUGAAGACGUCUGUUGUGGCAAUCCCAACACCAAGGUUAUCUGAUUCAGCACCGUAUGAGUAGCCACAGAAUGCGCAAUUAAUUGUUAUCGUGAAAUAUUUGGGAAUGUUUGACACGCGACAUUGCAUAACAUUAAGUAAAUUGUAUGACAUAGUAUUGUAUUGUAUUGUAUUAUUAUACCGUAUGAAGUGUUAUACGAUGUUUGAUAGAA